AAACGUCGAUUUGUCAAAUUCUAGGUUAAUAUCUAAAAUUAUUUUAUAAAUACAUAAUGCCGGAUUGCAGUGAAAACUUUGAAAAAGAAAUUUCUGAUGGCAAAAAUAUUAGAAACAUCAGAUGCAAAUAUUGUAAUUCAGUUAUUUUAACACCACAAUCCGCUAAUUUUUCAAGUUUUGAGUUUCAGUUACCAUUAAUGAAGCAAUCUAAAAAUACCGAAAGAGAUCCAGAAACAGAACCAGUGUCACUUUUUUGGUCAGUAAAUGACAUGUUCACUUUCCAAAAUGUUGGCUUUUCAAAUACUGUAGGAAUUAUUAAAUAUCUUACUUGUGCAGACUGUGAAGCAGGACCCAUAGGAUAUCACGAUCUAUCCAACAAAAAGAGUUUUGUAGCUCUCAGUAGAGUGUUGCAUAGUUGAAUACAAUAUAAAUUCAAAAAUAUCCCUAAUUAUAGUUUUAUGUUUUGUGUAUAAUAGAAAUUAUAAAAUUUUAAAUACAGAGAAGAUACUUGAUUGAUGUAUGAGCUGAAGUGGUAUUAUACGAAGCAACCAAUAAUUAGUUUGGACGUCUGAUGAAUCAAUUGUAUGUAUAAUGAUUGUAUUUCAGAUAUUGACAUUCCUUUACUUAUUUCACACUUUACUAUAUAUAUCAAGUGAUAAUUAAUAUUUUUAAUAUUGAAAAUUAUUCCCUGACGUGUAUUUUUAUAAAAGAACUGUAGUAUUGAAAAAAACUAUAGAAGAUACAUAAAACCACUUAUUAUUUCAUAUCAUUUAUUAUUAUUUAUUAAACAUAUUAAAGGAAAAA